AUGACAACAACCCAAGACGUAGCCCAGCUGGAGCUGGGCUCCCACAAUCGCAGUGUGGUACCAGAGUACGCCGUGGUGGAUGAAGAGUCGGGAGAGCAUGCGCUAGCAGGCACCACUCCAUCUCCUCCUUCCAGCUCCGAGAAUGGACAGGAUGCAAAGGAAGUCUUUGCUGCCGCUCCAAAGGUGCAGACCACGACGCUCCGCAAAAGAGCCAGAAGCUUUUCCAAUAGCGUCAAUGUUCCAAACUUUCUGAGACCUUCCAAGUCCAAGCUCGGCGGUAAGAUUACGCGUUUCACCAGCAAACACCUCAACUUUUACGUGAGUUGGGAGCAGACGCUGGCCAAGUUGUGCCAGCCCGUGUCAGCCUGCGAUCUAGUGUUGCAUCUGUGCGAGCGCUGACGCUCAUCACACACCCUCUCGCAGCGCAUUCACGUAACCUUCUUCGUCCUCACGCCUCUCAUCGCUUCCGCCAUCUUCUACGCCGCUAAUCAAGAUGUUCACAUCAAGUACAUUGAUGCUCUAUUCCUCUGCGUCAGUGCCGUCACAGUCACUGGUCUGACGACGAUCAACAUCAGCACGGCGACAGGCUUCCAACAAGCUAUCCUGUUCGUGCUGAUGUGCGUGGGCAACGUCGUCGCUGUUAGCGUGACGAUGGUAUGGACCCGAAGGCGCUUCUUUCGCAGAAGAUUCGAGGAUCUCGUAGCGAAGAAUGCGGCUGCGAGAAAGAAGGUCCGCGAUGUCGAGGAGGCAGACAGACGUGAAGGGGGACGGAUGCAUCGUUUGCGCCGCAUGAUGAAGGGCGGGGCAAUCGAUAGCGACGGGUCGAGACAGAGCACGGAUGAGAGCGGGCAUGCUCCGGAACCGCGAAAACACUCGACCAAACGCAAGGGGCCGCUCACUUCGGACAUGAUUAGACGAACGGAUCAGCCUGCAGUCCUCGUCAACCCGAUGGGCAUGCCAUCCACUGCACACCCUCGCUCGGGCUCGGAGGAGCGCGUGGCAUCUCGUCCGUCCGUCGCAACAGAGGCACCUCGAGGCAUCCUGGCACCAAUGGACGAGACACCGAUUGCCGGGCCCUCGGCGGGCCCUACAGGUAGCGUGCGCAUCGCUGAGCCAAAUCGCUUCUUGCGAGGCUUGCCGGUGCACGACAGUCCCGUGGAGCAGACAGAGACCGCAUUUCCAAGCAGCGCCCCCGCUCGGCGCACCACUUUUUCUGGAGGCAGCGAUCCGCCCUUGGGCGGCGCGAAUCAGAGCGAUUUACCCGCACAAGCUCCUCACACUGCCGACCCGUUCCGCGCACGUUUUGACAGCACCGCAGACCAGCGCUCUCGUCGCUUGUCUGAUCCACCCGCUCAGCAUCAUAUGCGCCGAGGAUCGGACGGCGCUUUGGCGGCUGGUGGCCUGAGACCACCGGCAUUCAACUUCCCUCGAAGCCAGACUGUGGAGUUUGCUGAGCCUCCACCGAGGAUGACCCCGGCGGAGAGGUCCAGCACCGGCGUUGCGGGACGAGAUGGUCUUCGCCAUCGCAACACGAAUCUUGACUUCGAACGCAGUGAGUAGCUUGCCGUGUUCAUUGAUUCGCAAGAUUGGCUGCUGACGAUUGCUUGCCGCCAACAGCGCCAACAGCGUACUCGGCGCGCUCGUACACUCGCAGGAGUGCCACGGGCGUCACGCUGACGCGAACUCCUACCACAUCCAAAGAGCGUGGCUUUGGAGGGUUCCCUACCCCUGUCGAGCUUGCUGGCAUGGCCCUGAAACGCAUGGCUCCUAAACUGAAUCGCCAGUUUACGCGCAGCAUGACCAUGCCACGCACAUCGACUUUUGCUUCUACACAUUCCGGUGGAGCGGAUACGACCAAUGGCCGAAGUGCGCCUUACCUAAGCUUCGACGCUACGGUCAGUCGGAACUCCCGCUUCUUGGAGCUCAGCGAGCAUCAGCGCGAGGAGCUGGGGGGUAUCGAGUAUAGAGCUAUCGACAUGCUCUGCACUCUGGUCCCAGCCUACUGGUUGUUCGUCGUCUUUCUCUUCAUCGUGAUGGUCGCGCCUUGGCUGGCAUCUCGAAGCGCUGCGGCAAAGUUCUACCAAGUCAGGGAGACGCAAGCGCCGCACGAGCCGGAUUCCACAUGGUUUUGGUUUUUCAAUGUGGUCUCUGCAUUUAGCAAUACGGGCAUGUCUCUUAUCGACACGAGCAUGAUCAACAUGGCCGAUCAGUACUUUAUGCUGAUCCCUCUCGGGACCCUCAUUAUUGCCGGCAAUACUGGCUUUCCAAUCCUCUUUCGAUUCAUGAUUUGGUUUCUCUCACGGAUCGUACCGUCCACGGGUCGCACUUACGAAACUCUCCGAUUCCUGUUGGAUCACCCUCGAAGAUGCUUUGUCUAUCUCUUUCCGUCUGCCCAGACUUGGUUUCUUCUGUUUGUCCUGGUUGUCCUCAAGUGAGUCAUUCUUCGCACAUUGCACGCAAUGCGCCAAAGACGCAAGACUAAUGCGGACUGUUCCGUGACUCAGCUGCACCGAUUGGGUGGCGUUCCUCGUACUCGAUCUUGGCAAUCCAAUCAUCAAGGCGAUCCCUGUUGGACAGCGAGGUGAGUGCAGAUGGUAUUUCAAGGAUAAGUACACGCCGUACUGAAGGCAUCUCCCGUCAUCGCCGCGAACGUUGCAGUGUUCGAUGGUCUGUUUCAAUCCAUCGCCGUGCGUGCUGCCGGUUUUCAAGUCGUCAGCCUGCUUUCGCUAGCUCCCUCGGUCCAAUACCUGUACGUCGUCAUGAUGUACAUUUCGGCCUAUCCCAUCGCAAUGUCGGUGCGCAACACAAACGUGUACGAGGAGCGCGCUCUCGGCGUUUACGAGGACGACCAGACCUCUGAAUUUGGUGACGAGGAGCCUACUACGGGUGGCGCGCGUGUUUGGGGUACAUACCUCGCUGCGCACGCUCGAAGACAACUCGCCUUCGACAUGUGGUGGCUUGGAUUCUCUCUUUGGCUCGUUUGCAUCAUCGAGAGGACUCAAAUCGAGGACAGCAACACCAAUGGAUGGUUCACCAUUUUUUCCUGCCUCUUUGAACUCACCAGCGCUUAUGGAACGGUCGGUCUAAGCACAGGCACUCCUGUCGACAACUUUAGCCUUUCGGGACGUUUCCGCACCCUUUCCAAAUUGGUCGUCUGCGCCGUCAUGCUCAGAGGCAGGCACCGCGGACUUCCAGUCGCCAUCGAUCGAGCCGUGCUGCUACCUGGAGAGAUUGAGGAGGAAGACAACAACCCACUGUACAGCGGUAGCCAGGAUGAUCCGAUGCAGAUGCGAAGCGGCACUGGUAGUCUGCGAAUGCACCCGUCCAUCCCAGUCACCAGCACAUACACUCAGAGUAGCGCGGUCGGACGUAUGAACAAGGGCAUGGAUGAAAAGCAGGGUGUGCUGUCGGGCAACGACGGCGCGCACGAGGAUUUGGGAUCGGCUGGUUCGCAGUAUGCUACGUAUCAGGACCAAGGGUACGGCCUUGCUCCUACUUUGGCCCCAAUCAAUGAGACACCUACACCCACCGCACCGGCGCUGAGUAGGGAGGCGAGCAACCAAGCCCAUCAGCGUCAGACUGCAAUCGAAGCAAGCACUUCGGCCACGGGUAGCGAUGGCAGCAGCAGCGCUGCUCUUGCUCGUCAAAAGAGUCCCGAGUAUCAGAGUCUGAGCCAGGACGAACAGAAUUCACAAGACGAGCAGGUUUCUCGUCAAUUGGCUACAGCACCCGAUCCUCAAGAAGCAGAGACUCCGGCAGGUGCUGUCAAAGCUUCUUACGAGCGAGCAGAGGUCAUCGAGAACAUGAGCAGUGGAAGCUCGGCUUCAACUCCUUCGGCGUCGCAGCUGGAAAAUAAGCCGAAGGAUGAAUAA